ACAACCACAGUGGCUUCUACCACAACCACAGCUGCUCCAACCACAACCACUGCUGCUCCAACUACAACCACAGCUACUCCAACUACAACCACAGUGGCUUCUACCACAACAACAGCUGCUCCAACCACAACAACAGCUGCUCCAACUACAACCACAGUGGCUCAAACCACAACCACUGCUACUCCAACUACAACCACAACACCAACCACAACCACAACGGCUCCAACCACAACAACAGAGGCACCAACCACAACUACAGUGGCUGCAACCACAACCACAGCAGCUCCAACCACAACCACAGCAGUUCCAACUACAACAACGGAGACACCAACCACAACCACAACGGCUCCAACCACAACAACAGGGGCACCAACCACAACUACAGUGGCUGCAACCACAACCACAGCAGCUCCAACCACAACCACAGCUGCUCCAACUACAACCACAGUGGCUCCAACCACAACCACUGCUGCUCCAACCACAGCUGUUCCAACUACAACCACAGGGGCACCGACCACAACCACAGCUGCUCCAACUACAACCACAGUGGCUCCAACCACAACAACAAUUGCUCCAUCUACAACAACAGAGACACCAACCACAACUACAGCUGCUCCGACCAGCUCCAACUACAACCACAGUUUUUCCAACUACAACGACAACUGCUCCAGCCACAACCACUGCAGCUCCAACCACAACCACAGUGGCUCCAAGCACAACCACAGUUGUAAGCUCCAACCACAACAGUAA